AUGGCAACCGAGGAAGAUCUCAUCGAUUACUCCGACGAGGAGCUCGGAACCAACGACGCGGCGCCUGCUGCGGCUGCAAAUGGAGGAGCAAAGAAGGGGACGGCUACUGGAGACACCACCGACAAGAAGGGCAGUUACGUUGGUAUUCAUGCGACUGGUUUCCGGGAAUUCCUCUUGAAGCCCGAGCUUCUGCGUGCCAUUACCGAUUGCGGUUUCGAACAUCCUUCGGAGGUUCAGCAAGUUUGUAUCCCUCAGGCAAUUCUCGGAACCGAUGUCCUCUGCCAGGCCAAAUCUGGUCUUGGUAAGACUGCCAUCUUCGUCCUCACAUCGCUCCAGCAAAUCGAGCCUGUCAACGGCGAGACCUCCGUGUUAAUUAUGUGCCACACUCGCGAGCUUGCAUACCAAAUCAAGAACGAAUAUGCCCGGUUCAGCAAAUAUAUGCCAGAUGUGAAGACCUCGGUAUUCUACGGUGGAACCCCCAUUCAGAAAGACGCCGAGAUUCUCAAGAACAAGGACACCCACCCCCACAUCAUAGUCGCCACCCCCGGUCGCCUGAAUGCUCUCGUUCGUGACAAGUUCCUCCGUCUUGGAAGCUGCAAGAUAUUUGUCCUCGAUGAGUGUGACAAGAUGCUGGACCAAAUCGACAUGCGCCGUGACGUCCAGGAGAUCUUCCGAGCUACCCCAACCCAAAAGCAGGUCAUGAUGUUCAGCGCCACCCUCUCCCAAGAGGUUCGACCCAUCUGCAAGAAGUUCAUGCAAAACCCUCUUGAGAUCUACGUCGAUGACGAGAAGACCCUCACUCUCCAUGGUCUCAACCAGUUCUACAUCAAGCUUGAUGAGAAGGAGAAGAACCGCAAGCUCAAUGAACUCCUCGAUGAUUUGCAGUUUAAUCAAGCCAUCAUCUUCGUGAAGAGUACGGUGAGAGCCACCGAAUUGGACAAGCUUUUGACCGAAUGCAACUUCCCAUCCGUCGCAGUUCACUCUGGUGUCAGUCAAGAGGAGAGAAUCAAACGCUACAAGGCGUUCAAGGACUUCCAAGAGCGUAUCUGUGUUGCGACUGAUGUCUUUGGCCGUGGCAUCGACAUCGAGCGUAUCAACCUUGCUAUCAACUACGACCUCCCCGCGGAUGCCGAUUCUUACCUUCAUCGUGUUGGUCGUGCCGGUCGUUUCGGUACCAAGGGUCUCUCAAUCUCCUUCGUAAGCAGCGAGGCUGAUGAGGAGGUCUUGAAGUCCGUCGAGAAGCGUUUCGAGGCUGAUGUUCCUGAGUUCCCGGCUGAGGGGAUCGACUCUAGCAUCUACAUGGCGAACUAG